AUGGCACUACUCACACCAGGCUCCCGGAAAUUCAUAGAGGCCUGCAUCACACACGGCAAAAAGGGCGACAACUUGAGUAGUGAGGAAGGAGAGGAUCUUGAGCACCCGUCCAUAGUCCACUUUGCCACCUAUUCACUAGAUCCUUGCAACCUAGAGGCACUCUUAAAAACAAAGCCCAACAUGAACGAAAAGUUCAGAGGAGGGACCCCACUACACUGGAUAGUCUUUGAAUUGACGGAGGAGAACGAAUGCGUGAUGCGAGUCUGCAUAGAGUUGCUGUUUAAGUAUGGAGCCUCACCGAAUAUCACCGAUUUCAGAGAAUUUACACCUCUGGAAGUUCUCCUAGCCCGCGUCCAGGCCAGGAAAAAAAAAAAUCUGGUUCAGCUCUUCCUUUCCCAGCCUGACCUGGACAUCGAUAGCUACCGCAAUGGCGAGGUGCGCCGCCUGCUGCAGCUGCAGUUCCCGGACUUGACACUCCCGGAGGAGCGCCAAAAGCUGGAGAUCAACAAAGAAAGACUCCUUAUUAGUGUGACCUGGGGAGACGUACCCCUGUUUGAGCAGCAGUUCGCAGAGUACAUGCAGAGUCCCAAGAAUGAGAAGGGCAAACAAGUGGACGAUCUCCAGGAGACGUUAUAUGAGCUCACCAAGAGGGCCAUAGAACAGGGUAACUGUGAGGUGGUGGAGCUACUGCUCAAUGAGCCAAAUCUGCAGCUGACCAGCGACUACCGGUGCAGUUUGAUGCAAUCAGCUAUUAAUGCCUUGUUUUCGAGCCACAAUAAUCAGAAAUGCUUUGACUUGCUCUUCAACUUCCAAUGCGUGGACAUAAACGAGUCAAAUGCAAGUCAUGAGGUGCCCCUUUCCUUUGCGGGGAAAUCCGGCAAUACGUGGGCGAUGAGGAAACUGCUGGAGCAUGGCGCCUACAUAGGCUCUAAGAUCUCCUCUGAAACGUUGCCCAUCAAGGACAUUCCGCCCGAGAUACUCAAAGAACACUUUGACUCCUGCAUCACAUAUAAGGGGCAGCCCAGUGAUCCGGAUUUCGAAAUCAUCAUCGAUUACAAAAACCUGAUACCUUAUCGAACUCAGGAGGGCAGGGCCUCCGUAUCUUUAAAGCAAAAGGACCCUCCGCCCGCCUACAGGGACACGAUUAAGGGGGAGCCUUGUGAUAGGGAUAUCGAGGGCUCGAUCGAUGAUAAAAACCCGAUAUCCCCCGUUUUUUUCAAUGAAAUGGCCCCCUUCGCUUUCAUGGCCAAGUCGACGGAGAUGGUAAACCUGCUGCAGCACCCGCUAAUCUCGAGCUUCCUCCAUCUGAAAUGGCGCCGUCUUUCCAUGAUCUUUUACCUGGACUUACUGAUCUUCUUUCUAUUCAGCGUCUCCAUGUUUGCAUACACACUUCUCAAAUUGCACGCGAGCGAGCACACGGAAUUCCUGUCAUUUUCUAGAGCCUCCUCCUGGGUUGGGAUUGGCUACCUUAUUAUUCGGGAGUCCUUCCAGUUCAUGAUUGCUUCAAUUCAGGAGUGGAGGUUAUCUAACAUUAUAGAGUGGACUCUUAUCGUACUAUCGAUCUUUACAUGCAUUGAAUUGGAUUUGGACAAGGAGACACAGCGCGUCCUGGCCACUUUGAACAUCCUGCUGGUCGUCAUGGUCUUCUGCCUACUGGUAGGAUCCCAGCCAGUGCUGUGCAUUUCCACGCACAUGUUCAAGUUGCACGAAAUCUCGAACAACUUUGUGAAGAGCUUCUCCCUCUACACAAUAUUCCUACUGACCCUUAGUCUGUGCUCCUACAUGAUCUUCGGCAAUGUAACGUCGGAACCGGGUUCUGCGAACGAAAAAGAUGAUUUAAUCGACUUAUCGGAUCCCAUCAGUUCUCUGAUCAAUACCAUCUUAAACCAUCUGAAUAACAGGAACAUCACGUUUGCCAGUUCCAACCACUACCUCAUUUUCCUGCUCUUUGUGAUAUUCAUGACGGUUGUGAUUUUCACUCUGCUGCACGGUCUAGUCGUGAACAACACCCAGGAAAUCAAGACCCAGGCCGACCUAGAAGGCAUCAUCAGCCACACCCUCCUGAUGAGUCGGUACGAACAAGUCCUAACUGCUCCGUUCUUCAGGAGCAUCCAUGUGUUGCAGACGAUCUGCAAGCGGUGGGUGAGCAUCCGCCACAACCAGAUUUCCAUACAGCCGAACCAUGGCAACAAAGUGUUCCCAUCCAUGCCCAUCCUGCCCUGCUGCUGUCCCGUGCUCAUCGGAAAGUGCUCCGAGAUGAACGACCGGACGGUCAAGAUGGCCCAGGCGGUGAUCAGCAAACAAAUCAGAGCGAAGCAAGAGGUAGUUCAGAAUGAGGUCCGUCAAAAGCAAAUGCGUCAAGAAAUUAACUAUAAGACGAAUAUGUGGAAACGGGGAAGGAUGCUGGAGAACAGUGUGACUAAGAUCAUGGAUAAUAAAAAGCCCAGGCGGCAAGAGAUUAAGGAGGAGCAACUGCGCAAUGGAAUUGACAUGAUCGGCUGUCGGUUGAAAUAUAUGGAGCACCAGCUGGAUCAGCUGCUCAAGGGAGGCCUAAUCUCAAAUAAGAAAUAA